UCCUCUCGCUAUUCAAGGGGCGUCACUGUUGAUUGUUAUUGUUGUGAGUUUUUGUGCAUGUUACAACUUGUAAUUUUAUUUGUUUCCUCGAUAGAAGAAGCUACUUUUGGAAACAGAGGGUUUAUGGGAAAUAAAGCCACAUCUGUGGCAAGAUUUUCAUCUGCUAUGAAGCCCAAGUGCCAUAUAAAAGCACGGUGUGAGAUUUACCCCCGGAGUGAAGUGAAGCGGUUUCCUGUUCCUGAUGAGAAGGUCCCAUGGACAGUGAGUUUUCCUGAUUAUAAACCGGUGGAUUACACAGCACCGUCAAUCUUAAAACGACCUGUCUAUGCUGACCCUGAUAUAAGAAAUGAGAAAGUAGAUCCUCCACUGAAUUUCAAUGGCUGUGAUGGUAAAAUUAACAGAGUCAGUCAUAUGGGAAAAUAUGAAGUCAUAAAUGGUGUGCCAAGGAAUCCCCGGGGUAGAACUGGAGUCAUAGGAAGGGGACAGCUGGGGAGAUGGGGACCCAAUCAUGCAGCUGACCCCAUUGUCACAAGAUGGAAGAGAGAUGAUUCAGGGAAGGCUAUACAGGGACCUGAUUCAAAACCUGUCCUUCAGUUUGUGUCUGUUCAGCGGAGGGACAACCACCAAUGGGCCAUUCCAGGGGGAAUGGUGGAUGCUGGUGAAGUUGUCACAGCAACAGUGAGACGAGAAUUUGGAGAGGAAGCCCUCAAUUCAAUGGAAAUGUCUCCAGCAGAAAAACAGAGGGUAGAGAAAGAAUUAGAUGAACUUUUUUCCACAGGGCGAGAGGUUUACCGAGGUUAUGUGGAUGACCCCAGAAACACAGAUAAUGCCUGGAUGGAGACAGUAGCAAUGAAUUUCCAUGAUGAAGAUAGCUCAUGUUUAGGAAAAAUUCAAUUGUGUGCAGGUGAUGAUGCAAUGAAUGUGCAGUGGAUGGACUUAAGUGGUAAACUAGACCUCUAUGCAAGUCAUAUAGAAUUUCUGGCUGAGGUAGCCAACAGUCACAAUGCUAGCUGGUGACAUUACGCUGUAUUAAAUUCAUAUCAUCCUUAAAAUGUAAGCAGUUUCCAUGUAAACUCAUACCAAAGUAUAGGAACUUCUACAGUAGAAAAACAAAUGUAAGAAUCAGCAGUUCCCAUGUAAUCAUUUACCAAAGCUAUAACAUAGACAUAUAUAUUACACAAUACUCUGCUUAUUUACUUCAUGAUUUUAUGAUUAUAAUGAUUUAUGCAAAAACUUUCUUAUUUAAAAAUCAAAUUGCAUUGCUCUAGGCUAUGUUUUCUAUGAGUUGUGUUUAUUUUUUAAUUUUGUUUGAAAGUGAAAUAUCUGAUGUGAGAUUAAUAUCAAAUGAAAUUUUACAAAUGCUUGUACAUGUGUAUAUAUGUAAGGAAUACUUUUAUUACUGGUACAUAGUCAUUUCAUAUGAAAUCAGAUUGUACAUCAGCAAAAAUGAUUAGAUAUUAUACUGCGAGUUUUUACUGUUCAGAGAUGUGAAGUUGUGGUCAUUGUACUUUGAUUUUGUUGUUACUUAUUGUCCUUAGGUGCUACCUGAGAAAUAAACACUAAAAGGAAAAAAAAUGUGGUAAAAAUUUUAAUGAGAAUGGGCUGCGCCUUAGCAGUAAAACCUUGUUCUGCCAACAUUUUUACCCCAGUGGAAACAAAUUACACAAAGUUAAGUAACCCACUUCUUACUUUGUUUUGUCAAUAUGUGAUUGUAAACACUGAUUUGUCCCCCCAAAUGUAAUGAUAAUGUAGUUAACUACAAACUUUUAUGAGUAUGUAUGGAUAUGUAGUUUACUUCAUAAUUUAAUGAGUUAAUAUAUGGAUAUGUUACAUAGUUAUCUAGAAUUGUUGAGGAGUUUAUAAAAAUCAACAACGUUUCUGGGAGAGGGAUAUUGUUUACAGCUCAAACUUAUUCUAUUUCUACUAAAAAAAAUAGAUAUAUCUUUAGUGGAGAAAAAAAUAUCAACAAAUCUGGUAUUUUAUAUAAAUGGUUAUAUGUUGUGUUUUUACGUAUUGCAUACAUGUUGGUUCAUUGUUAUAAGCAGCUUCUAAUCACAUUGUUAUUUGUGUUGAAUUCAUUUGAUGAAAUAUUGAUAAUAAGUUGUGCAAUCAUAAUGAUAGAACUCCACCUUUGUUUUAAAAAAUCAAAAAGAAUGUAAGAAACAAUACAAAGAAAUGCAGUUAAAAAUGGAAUGUUAUUAAUGCCUAGUAGAUACUUUCAGCAAUUGUUAUUAUGUAAUUCAAAAGUUCAGUCACAUGAAAUAUUGGACUUUUUAUUGGUAAAACUUCACACCACCCCAGGGUUUUAAUUGCUAUUAUAAAUUAUAAUGAUUGUUAUGACUGUAGAUUGAUCUGUAAUAAAUUUUUUAAAAAAUCAGAA